CAUCCUCAUUGGCUGACGGGGCACCAUAGCCUCACCUGUAAAGAAGUUACCAGGCUAAAUUGUCAUGUCCAAGUGACUUCUCCACUAUUGGCUGGCUAGAGUAGGGGGCGGGGCGUUCUGCGGUUCUGCGUUCCGUGAUUUGCUUAAAGUGAAUGAAUAUUAAGGAUCGCCGGAUAAUCGGAUGACAGAUUACAAGGAAUCUGCCGCGGUUUAUAAACCUCACCUGCCCGUUCCUCCAGCUAAUAUCGCUGCGUCAGAACGUUUUUUUUUUUUUCAUUUUAUUUUUUUUAUUUAGAUAUUUCCUUUUCUUUCUUACCAGCAGUGAAGACGUUUCCAGUGAUGUGAAAGAACCUCCAUUAUUUUACUUUGGCAUUUAUUAGGAUUUCAGUACAGCUGUUACUUGUGACAUCUAUAGGUGAAAUAUAGAAUAUAGAAGAAAGGGAUUGGAUAGGACACAUAGCCUGCUGGAAAUCAUCUGGAGUAUAUAGAAGAAAGGGCUUGGAUAGGACAUAUAGCCUGCUGGAAAUCAUCUGGAGUAUAUAGAAGAAAGGGCUUGGAUACCACGCAUAGCCUGCUGUCAUUAUGUUUUACUAUCCCAAUGUCCUUCAGCGACACACAGGCUGCUUCUCCACUAUAUGGUUGGCAGCAACUAGAGGCAGUAGAAUUGUAAAACGGGAAUACCUGAAAGUAAACGUCAUCAAAACAUGUCAGAAGAUCGUUCAAUAUAUUCUUCAGCAGGUGCCGCCUCCAUACCAUGGUUCUCCAAUACCUCGGCUAUCACUGUAUCUUUCUGCACAGCUCAGCUAUGGAGUAGUGUGUGUUUAUCACCGACAAUGUGACCUGCUUAUAGAGGAAAUGAAGACCACUGUGGAACGCCUGUAUAGGGCCGAGAAACUGGCAAAAAUUGACCUAAUACACACAGAUCAACCCUUGUUGCUUCCUGAUAAUCUGAUUCUCAUGGAGAUGCUGGAGGAUGCACCUGAUCCUUUUUUUGGGAUGAUGGAGGUAUCUCCUGAACUGCCAGAACCAAUGAUGAUCCCACAGCUUUGCAUGCUCUUAGAGACAUCAGAACCUGAGAUUGUUCGAUUAGAAAAGACUCCUUCAAGACAUAAGAGAACAAGCCGUAAAGAAGACACAUCUCACUUGACGUCUCCAGAACUUAUAACAAUUAAGGAAGUUGAACCUGCUCCUCUCCCAUCAACAGAGUUUGGCCAAGAUCUCCCGGAGGUAAGUGUACUUGACUUUGAGUUGCUUGUACCUGAAAUUCCUCCAUUUCCUGAAGCCGAAACAUUACCUGGAUCACGAAAGAGGAAGAAAUCUGGGGAAUUGGAUAAAAAGGAACAUCCAAAAGAAGUCAGACCAAAAGAGCCAAAGAAAGACAAAGAGACCAUAAAUGGCAUAGAAGCUGAAGAAGAAAAGCAUUUUAGGGAAACAGCAAAUGAACUUUACAACAUGGAAAAAGAAAUUGAGCUUCUCAAAAAAGAGAAACGGCAAUCCGAGCUGCAGUGGGAACAUGAAAGAGAGAGGGAAAGGAAGGAGGUUAUAGACAGAGAGAAAAGGUACCAACAAGAGGUUGAGAGAGAAAUGGAACGUCUGAAAAAAGCUAUGAUGGAAUUUAAACAGCUCCAAAGUACAGGAGCUACAGAAGACCUCUUGCUGAAAAAUCAAAAGCAAAUAGAAAACCUAAAGAAAAUUCAAAAAGAGAAGCAAAGCCAAUGGGAGGCUGAAAGAUUAGAACAACAGCUGAAGGCGGAAGAAAGAAAAAGAGAGCAUUUGAAAGAACUUGAGCAGGAGAGGCAGAAGAUCAGACAAGCUGAACAAGAAAUUGAAAGACUAAAAAAGGCUGUGUCAGAAAAACAGGCAGACGAGAAUGGAAUUGAGCCAGAUAAAAAGAUGAGAAAAGAAGAAGAACGUAUAGAUGAAAUAUGCAGAAGUGAAACAGAAGGCCUACCAGUCACCCCUAAAUCAGGUUUUCCUUCAGAGAUGCUUUCAGAGCAAGAUGCUGCAGCUCUCCUAGAUGAAGUAACAGGACAACCAAUUGCUUUUUUUCCUGAGGGUGUUUUAGAGAUACAGUCCCCUGUACCUGCAUCUCAUCAUGUUUCUCCUCGACUAUCUAGUCCACAGUUGAUGCUACCGGAGGUGCCCCUUGAAGCUGAACAUCUACCCCCGGUCCAACGUCCUCGGCGAAAAACCCAUCUAAUAGUUGACAAAGAUACACAAAUUGAAAGCAAGGUUAUGCAUGAGAAAACCAGUGACCCUCUUAUAUGUACACAACCAGUGGUCCCUUUGACGAUUCCUAGCAUAAAAUCUCAAACUCCAGCUUCUCUAUUUGACUCUCCAACCUAUCAGAAAUUCAUGGCCCCAGAGCUUUGUAAGCUAUGGUCUCGAUGUGCAUUUCUGGAGCCCUUGCAGUAUAUACAUGAAAGAGAAGAAGAAGUCAGUGAGUUGGAGGAGGUACGUGCAGCCCCAGAAUCCGGUGCCAGCAUCAUGAUGUCCUCAGAAGUCUCUCUAGAGGUGUCUGAGGAAGAGCGAUCUCGACCUAUUUUAUUGACACCCGAAGAGAGAAGAUCACUCUCUGGUCAGGAAGAGAGAGUUCUACCAAUGGUCUCUGAGAUGCCAGAAAUUAUUGUGGAGCUACCUGAAACUGAAGAAGUAUUACUGAGUGAUCUGCAAAGGAAGUUACGUUCAGAGAUUGACAGGACAGGGCAGUCAGAGUUCCUUAGCCUGGCCCCUCAUUCUCUUUCUCGCUUGUUGGUCUCCAGAUUCUUUUUCAGCUGUCUUGUGCUCUGCAACCAAGAAGUUAUCCAUCUGGAGCAGAACGAACCAUAUGGACGAAUACACAUCACAUCAGGAAGACGAUAUUCACAGGGCUGAGGAUGCAGCUUUAUUAAUUGUUUCUGUUUUAGCUUUUUAAUCUUUUUAUCUGACAUGAAAUGGUAUUUAUUAGACAACGCAUUCUUUUUAUAAGCACAGUUAUAAAUUUAUUAUACAGAACAAAAAAUUGCCUUGUGUUUUUUUUUG